AUGACCGACCCGUCCCGCGCCUGCAGCGCCCAAGCGCCGCUCGGAGCCUUCAGCCCCAGCCCCGCAGUGUCCGCCUUCGAUCGCUGGCGCCUGCCCUGCGACGAUGGCAAGCUCCUGGUGCUGCGAUCCACCGACUCCGCGGAGCAGGCAGGGGGGGGGGGGGAGGAGAUGACGGCCUAUUGGCGCGCCCAGGCGAGGAAGCAGCUGGAGCGAUCCCGCGAUGCCAACACGACGCUUCUCAUGGGCUCCGUCCGCAGCGAGGCGUCCCGGGCGUCUGCCCCGCAGCCCACGGACACCUUGCGCCCUGAGGAGCUGAAAUCGGACGUGGAUUUGGGCCAGCGGGUGGACCGGUUGCAGCUCGAGAGCUGCCAAGCGGAGAUCCAGGGCUUCAAGAAGAAGCUGGUGCUGCUGGAGGAGUUCAACACGGAGCUGUGCCAUCUGAAGGCCAAGGCGGAGUCGGAGGCCGUGGGCCUAGAGGAGCAGAUCAUGCGGCUCCAGAUCGAGAACAAGAAGCUCCAGGACGCGUCCGCGCGGCAGAGCGCGCAGUUGAGGGACCUGCGGAGCUUGCGGGGCGGGGAGUCUCAGCAGCUCCAGAGCCUCGAGGUGCAGAUGCAGGAGCAGAUGUCGGCCGCCGCCGAGCAGCUCGCGGAUGCCACAAGCCGCUGGACUGGCUGCGGGCUUUCCAGCUGCAUCCUGAGCCUUUGGGAGAGGCUCUGGGGCCUGGACGACUUCGUCGCAGAGCUGGCAGGUCUGCGCGAGGAGCGGGACACGCUGAAGGAGGACCUGCACAUCGCGCUGAGCGCCGCCGGGCCCCCCGACGCGCGAAACCGAGCCUCAAGGCGGACAGAGGAGGGCCCCCUGGACCGGGCCGCGGCGCUGGAGGCGGACCUGGAGAUGGCCGAGAAGAUGCUGCGGGCCUGCGAGAAGGAGAACGAGAGCCUGGCACAGCAGAACCGCCAGCUCCGGCAGGGCGCCAGGCUGCAGCGGGAGGAGGUGGACGGGCGUCAGCUGCAGCUGGUCUCGGAGCUCAACGCCGCGAAGGCGGAGGCGAACCCCGCCUCCAUGCGCCGGCUCACGGACUUGGAGCGAGAGCUCCAGACGACCAAGGAGCGUGCGGAGGAGCACGCCCGGGAGCUGGCGCCUUGGCAGAGUGCGAGCGGUGCCGGGAGGCGCGGCGGCAGCUGGAGCGGGAGAUGA